UAAAUUUGCAUAAGUUGAAGAAUAAAGUGUAAUGAACUAAUUUUUAGACGUUACUCUUAGUAUCGUACAUGAUUUGAUUUGAUAUAUAAUACUAAUAGUAGUAUUAAAACGUGCAACAGAUGUGUUCAGUUUACUACUUAAAAUUAAAUAAAAUGCAAGCAUUACUUGUAUUACUAUUAACUGGGAUGGUGUUCAAAACAUUGCUGUUUAUGUAUUGCUUAAAAUGGAAAAUGUUGAAAUGGAAAAAUUUAUACAUACUCUUAAAUAUGGAAAACUAAGUGGGUCUUGUAAAAUUGCACAAUUAGCUCUGCAAGUUUUAGAAAAUCAUGUAAUCAGCAGUAUGUGGCUCACUGCUUAUGAUCUCUUAACAUCACUGAAAGUUGUGGGAAAAAGUAUGAUUGAUGCUCAACCAACAGAAAAUGCUGUAGGAAAUGUAGUUCGAAGAGUGCUAAAAAUUGUUAGAGAUGAAUAUGCAAGUGCACUUGGAAAACAUGCUGAAGGAGACCCUCAAGAAUCUCUUCAGAAGAUGUUUCAAGCAAAGGGAAGAGAUGACAACUACAGGAAAGAACUUCCAGCACUUAAAGAAGCUAUUGUUGAUAGUUUGGAAGAGCUUAAAAGGGAAUUGGAAACAAGCAAAGAUAACAUUGCAGAAAAAUCUCUUGAGCAUAUCCACUCGGAUGAAGUUAUCAUGACAAUAGGGCAGUCUAUGAUUGUCAAAACUUUUCUAAAAUAUGCUGCUUGUCGAAAAAGACUAUUUCAGGUGAUAGUUGUAGAAACUCCAUCACUUAGUGGCCACUUACUAGCUAAAAAUCUGGCAGAAAGUGGCAUUGAAACUACUGUAAUUACAGAUGCAGCUGUAUUUGCUAUUAUGUCUCGGGUCAAUAAAGUAAUUGUAGGAACCCACAGUAUCAUGGCAAAUGGAGGCCUAAAAGCCAUAAGUGGAGCCCAUACGCUUGCUCUUGCAGCAAAACGUCAGUCAGUCCCAUUUAUAGUUUGUGCACCUAUUUUCAAACUGACACCUCAGUAUUUAUGUCAUUAUGAUCAAGAUGCCUUUAAUAAGUUUGGUUCUCCACAGGAAGUCACAGGGUUAGGUGGAGGGGAAGUGUUUGGUAAGGCUCAAAUUAUUAACCCUGUAUUUGAUUAUGUUCCACCUGAACUUGUCACAUUAUUUAUUUCAAACAUUGGUGGGAAUGCUCCAUCAUACAUGUACCGUUUACUCAGUGAACUUUAUCAUCCUGAUGAUUAUGAACUUUAAUUUGUGGUAUUAGAAAUACACAUGCAUCAUAAAUGUCAAAGAUUGAGUUGAUUAGGCUUCUUCAGUUGAUGUGCAUAUCUUUAAAAAAA